UUACAAUUAAUUGAAAUACUGUUACUAUUGGUGCUAUUGUUAACAGUGUCAAAAUAUAUCAAUAGUUGUAAAUGAUGCUCUUUGACCAAUAAGCGUAGAUUCGUUUGGCAGCCCUGAGGCACUGCUGCAUCUUGCUCCCUGCUGGGGCGCCGUCUGGCAGCGCACUUUGUGAUCCCCUCAGAGACUGCCUAACGACAGUCUCAUCCUGAACGCGGUAGAGUCUGGUCAUUGCGCACUCAGUGUAGUGCCGUGACCAUUCUAACCACCCAUCUCAUCACCUUCAGCGUUAUCUCUCUUCUACCAUUACCUCACCCACUUGACAGGAUCACUGACCGCACUGAUAAUUCCACUCUCCUGGCCAGUGGUACAGCGGCUCUGUCUCUGGGUCUCACACAUCAGUCUGGUAGACGUUUGGACGGGACGCCUUCAAUUAAUAAGUCUCUUACGUCAAGGCACCUAACGCAAUGAAUCUUUGGAUUAUCAGUGGCUUGUUGCUUCUAGGUGUGGUUUAUGGGGAAGGUACUACUACCACCACUAGCAAGCCUCCUAGUGCAGCUGAGCAAGAAGCAUGUCACCUUGGAGUAACUCACUGUGAAGAACAAACAAGUAGCAGUUGUAGUGCAGAAAUAAGUUGUUAUCCCAGUCGUGUCUGCUACAAUGAGACUUGCAUGAAUACCAUCACAGAUCAUAUUGCAUAUGAAUUUCAAGCUGCCUUCAAAUACUUGUAUAUGGGAGCUGUGUUUGGGCAGUACAUCAAAGAGAGGCAAGGUAUGGCUAAAUUUUUCCUAGAAGCUGCCACAGAAGAGAGAGGUCAUGCUAUCCAGAUGAUGGAUUACCUUAACAUGCGAGGAUUUCAAUACAAUAAGAAUUAUGAAUUUUCAAAAGAUAAUUUGUGGAAGAAAAAUAAUGUUCAUAUUACUAAUACUGCAACUUUGGUGUCCCUCACUAUUAAAGAAGCACUACAAGAAGCUGUAAAUAUGGAAAUUACUGUUACUGAGAAAAUACUGAAAGUUGUUGCUAAGUGUGCAGAUGACUACCAUGCUGCAGAUGUAUUCACCAAUCCCAUCCUAGAAGAACAAUAUACAGGUCUUCGUAAGCUACAGGGAGCCAUCAGGAACUAUAAUGCUCUCAUGACUCGUAAUGAAGGUAAUGAGAAAUUUGUAGAAUUCAUUUUUGACCAGAAAGUGCUAAAAGGAGAAAUACUGUGAGGGAUUGUCAUGCCAAGUCAAAAAUCACAAAAGUGGCCCUUGUGAUUUGUUAUAGUAUGAGUUUAUAGUAUUUUCAAUUGAUAAAAGCUAGCAGUCAGUGGAGGAAGGGUAUAUUAAUCAUAAUGUUCAGUAGCUCUUAAAACUAUCUCUAAAAGUAAUUUUCUGAUGCUAUGGACACAAUUAUUUGACAUAUUUGUUAAAUAUGGUGGCAAGACUAGGUUGUCUUGUGCACUAAGAUGUUUGUUGUAUGUUUUAACCUGACAAAUACUACUAGAUUGGAAUAUCAGUAUCAUGUCAAGGCAUGCACAGCAACCUAACUGAUAUAACAUGUGAUUAGGCAGCAUGUUUCAUAUUGCUUAUUCAUUAUAUCAAACUUUUUGGAGAGUUUUGGGAACUAUUGUACUUGAAUUUUUCUCCAGUUGAUAACUCAGAAAAGCUAUUCUUGCUAAUCAUCCAUCAUGUGCCUCAAAAUAGGAAAUACCAGGUUUUAUGAGUGAACAUAGGUCUGACACACACACACACACACACACACACACACACAUAGCUCUUUUCCCGUAUGUUACAAUUAGGUAAAUACACACACACACACACACACACACACAUCUCACAUCUCACAUUUCCAUUCAGUAUAAGUAUAAACAUGUAUAUUGAUCUUUCAUUCUCCUUUAUACCUUAUUAAUUUUAGUUUGUUAGUAUGUAAUGCUUUUAAAAACAUUCAAGUGGUAAGAGAUAAAAAUAUUGAUGAAAAAUACAUUUUAACCUCUCUCUCUCUCUCUCUCUCUCUCUCUCUCUCUCUCUCUCUCUCUCUCUCUCUCUCUCUCUCUCUCUCUCUCUCAUUUUAAUUGAUUAAAGUGUUGAUUGUUAAUAUUUGUAAUUUAUCAAUUUUUUCAUACUUAUUAAAUUCAGAUAUGUUUUUCCACAGUUGCUUAGUAUGUUUAAUAAAUCAAGCAAGAAGCAAGGGCACACUCAGUUAUAUGUAGGCAUUCCUUUUCUUUUCUCAUAUUAGGGACGUAUUUUCAAAUGUAUGAGAUUAUAAUGAUGUAUUUCUUUCUAAUAUGAUGUUUUAUUAUGUAAAUAAAAUCUUAUGAAAUUAUAA